ACAAGAACAACCUUAACCCAACCUCCUCAGAACAAUGGAAGACAGAUCCAGCCGGGCGGCCGCGAACGCCCCCGAGCUAGCACCCUGGGAACAUGCUCCUUACCAAGGCAUUGAACGAGCUCCCUCUCCUCAUGAUCAUCCUUCAUCAUUGCAACAGUUACAUCACCCAGAAGGCCAACCAGGCCUAGAACCCGCUCCGCACUCCACCCUCGAAGUCAGCCCUCACCAAGUCCAAGACGAUAAGCUAUCCUCCUAUGAGCCAACAUCCACCAUCUCGAGCGCCUCUCCAUACCAGGCAUACAUCCUUGCUAAACCGUACGGAGAUUCACAAUAUGGGAACAUUGGCUCGGUACCUGGGAUAAAUACGGUUGCGGAAUCAACCGCAGCCGGGAUAAACGACAAGGAAGCUGGUAAUGGCGACGGGGAUGACAACGGCAAAAAUAAGCGCUACUGUUGUGGCCUGGGGACUAAAAGACAGGUGGCUUGGUGGUUGUUGGCGAUUGGGAUUUUCCUGAUUGUGGUUGGAGUCGCGGUGGGGGUGGGGGUGGGUGUUGGUGCUGGGAAGGGGGGUGGUAAGAAGGAUGAGAAUAGCCCGACGCCAACCACAACAACAACAACAACAACCACCGCCCACCCCUCCUGGACACACACAGCCAACCUCCCCCCACCCACCGCCUACGCCACUAUCACCCCUUCAACAUCCAUCAUCUGCCCCAAUAACAACCUGACCCUGUAUGCGCCUUCCAACGAUACUGUGACCACAUCGUCCAGCCACGGGAAGGGCUAUCUAUUGCUUUGCGACCGAGACUACAACUCGCUAGCCGGAGCCGAGGAGAUCACGCACCGGGAGUCCGACUCGAUCGAGACGUGCAUUGAUCGGUGCGCCGAGGUGGACAAUUGUAUCGGGGCUGGGUGGGGGAAUUAUAAUGGGAAACAAACUUGCUGGUUAAAGAGUCGCUUGGGACAUCCUGGGUGGACGCCGGGGUGGUAUAUGGCCGUUAGGGAGGAUGCGGUUUUGCAUGAUGGGACUGAGGGUGGGUUGACGGGGGAUACGGAAACGGGGUAAUACCGAGGCUCUGGGAUUUCGAGUAUGGGAUUGGACUUUUGAUAAUGAGUCAGGAAGGAAAAUCAUGAAAUACAAAACCUCUUCCGAAUAUGUGGCAUGUGCGCAAUUAACUUUGGGGCACGGUGUUUUGGACGAUGAUAUG